UGUCAACAUGAUGGAAAAAUAUCAAAAAAUGUCAAAAAAUAAGGUUAUGAGUGUUUUGAGUUUAUCAGUUUUUCAAAGCCUAUAAUUCAAAUUUGAAAGAUUUGUUUAUAUUUGAAACAGUAAACAGCUCGAAAAUGAGUUCUAUUGAAAGGGAUCCUAAAAAGAGGAAGGUGAAACCUGUUGAACAGGCCUGUGUCUUAGACUUUGAUGAAGAGAGUUCCGAUGAUAGUGAUUUCCGUAUUGAAGAUCAUCCAGAAAUAAGUGAUGAUGAUGAUGAUUCCUUGGACAGUCACAAAGACAAUAAGGAUGAUUCUAGUGAUGGCAAUGAUGAUGACUCAGAGAUGUCUGAUGACUUGAAGGAACUACGCAAUUUGAGUUUACCAAGUACAAAUGGGAUGGGUUCCAUCUCUGAUAUUAUACAACAAGCUACCAUGCAAUCUAAGAUGAAGUUUGAUGAAAAAGAUGCACAACUUCUGAUUUGUUGUGGAUGUCUUGGCGAUCAGAGUGAUGGGGUGAAUGAAAUUGUGGAAUGUGAUGGUUGUGGCAUCACUGUGCAUGAAGCUUGCUAUGGAAUUUCAGAGUCCACCAGUGUGGCUAGUACAGAUUCUCUUUCACCUACCACACCCUGGUUUUGUGAAUCUUGUAAAGCAGGUGCCAAACAGCCCGUGUGCGAGCUGUGCCCUAACUCGGGUGGCAUCUUCAAGGAAACCGACGUGGGCAAGUGGGUGCACCUGGUGUGUGCCCUCUACGUGCCCGGCGUGGCUUUCGGCGAGGUGGACAAGCUGACCAGCGUGACGCUGUUCGAGAUGCCGUACAGCAAGUGGGGCGCCAAAAGCUGCUGUCUCUGCGAGGACGAGCGCUUCGCCAGGACGGGGGUGUGCAUCGGCUGCGACGCCGGCAUGUGUCGCACCUAUUUCCACGUGACUUGCGCGCAAAAGGAGGGUUUCCUCUCGGAAGCCCAUUCCGAAGAAGUGGACCAAGCCGAUCCGUUCUACGCCCAUUGCAAGAUGCACUCGGACAAGACGUUGGUGCGCAAGCGCAAAAGGAACUACAUGGCGCUGCAGCUGCGCACUCACUACAGGAAGGUGCAGUUCAACCAGGAGGGACACAAAGACACCACGGAGCAGGUGCGGAUCAGGAGGAAGCUGGACAAACAGAAGGUGCACUAUUUGGGACACAAGGCGCUCAAACCGCCACCGUGGGUCCCGACCCAGAAGAUGCCACGUCUCCUGACCACCAGCGCUUCAGCGUGCAGAAAGUUAUUGCGCAAGGCAGAGUUGAUGGGCAUCAACACCAUAGCGGUGGAGAUGCAGGAAGCGCAAGCCAGUGCUCUGGUCGACAUUAGGAAAAAGUGGCACAUACCGCCCGCCUUCACAGUCGAGUUCAUCGCCUACUAUCUCGACAGAAACGACAGGAUGAGAGAGAUGAAGGCCAACUUGGAGAAGUACAUGGAGGAGAACGCGGUGUUGGUGGAGGAGCAGCAGAUGCUGAGAGAGAGAUACGAUUCGGUUCUGAAGAAGAGCACGGACAUCACCUCGACCGGCAACGACUUGAAGCACACCAUCCACAAGUACCAUUCGGCGGUACUCAGCGCGUGCGCCACGAAGAACCUGCCCAGCAUCGAGGACCUGGGCAGGACUGUGGCGGCCGCCCGGGCGCAGCCGAUGAUGGUGCCCACCGCCGCCGCCCUCAAGAUGGGCGUGGGCUUUCCCUUGAAGAACAUCCCGUCGGGCAGGGGCGACAGGGUGUUGAGCAGUCAUGCCGGCAAAGACCCACUGUUAUUAAACGAAUGUGCCACGUGCGGCCUCAGACGCGAUCAGCACCUGCUGGCCACCUGCGACACGUGUCGGCUGCACUACCACCUCGACUGUCUCAAGCCCCCUCUGGCCAGACAGCCGAAGAAGUCGAAGUUGUACGGUUGGCAGUGCUCCGAGUGUGACAAGUCCUCAGACUCGGAGGUGGAGGAGAUGAAGACGCCGAGAAGAAGCCGAAGUAUUUAUAGCAACAGGGAGAGCAAGUCGGACCAAGAGGUCUCCUCGCCGCCCAAACCGCGAAUCAGGUCCCCGACAGGAUCGAAGGAGGCCGCGGGCGAUCCGGAUCCGGCUUUUUCGACGCUGAUCAGCGAGCUGGCCGGAACGAACGGCGUCCAGAUCGUGGUCGACAACGGUUUCGAGGGAGGGCACAAGUCGGGCAAGAAGCGGAGGCGCGAGAAGCACCGCAGCCGGUACUCGCCGGAUCUGGGCAAGGAGCACAAGCGGAAGCGGAAGAAGAAGAGCUUGGAGUUCGACGAGUGUCCGCCGCAUCCGAGGAUCACCAUCAAGAUCAAACCGAUCCCGCUGCCAGCAGGCGAGGUCGCCUCCGAAUCCAACCCGCAAUGCUUCUACGUGCCCAACGAGGCGGACGACAACGCCCCCCCGCCCAUGCCGCCCAAGCCCGCCCGCAUCGAGAAGCGCGAGGCGCGCAAGAGCAAGAGCCCGCGGGGAGCGGGGGUGGAAGUGGGGGUUUUGGGGGUUAUGGGGGCUUUGGGGGUUAUGGGGGCGAGGCAGGCGGAGAAGGGGGGGCAGAAGAGGGGGGCGGCCGGCGAUGGGGCGUGCGACGUGUGCGGAGAGGUCGGGGUGCCCGCCGAGUCGGUCAAGUGUGACGAGUGUCUGAAGAACUACCACUUUUCUUGUUUGGACCCACCUCUGAAGAAAACUCCGAAAAAAAGAGGAUAUUCUUGGCAUUGUGCCGAUUGUGAUCCUACAGGAUCAGAAUAAUUUGGAAGUUCCAACUCUAUUCAUAAGAUGCUGUAUUGAUAUAGAAUUAAAUCAAUAAUUGAUGUGUAAAUUAUUAUUUUUAUUUUGUGGAACAUAACCCAUUCUAAUUGCUGAUGUAAUUCUCGAUUUUUCUAUCAAAAAUAAUAACAAUUAGUUCUUUCACAAAUAAAAUACUCCUGCGAAUGGUCAUGUACAGUCGUCUUCAGAGAACAUGUCGCACAUGGACGGUGUCGGCUCUCUUAAUCACCGCUGCAAUGAGAGCGCCCAUACCGUCGAACCACGACAUGUUCUCUGAAGGCGAGUGUACUGUAUCGAUUACAAUAUUCCUGCGAAGUAAAAUGUUCCAUAUCGACACUAUGGCCUACCCGAUUCUAAAUAAACACGAA